UUCCGGUGCUGUAAGGGCUCGGGGCUGACGCGGGGUAAUUCUUCUGCAAUUACUUUUGGAUGGAAGUAUGCUCUUUUUCCAAUAGAAGAUGGUAAACUUGGAGAAUGACCAUGGAGAAGGGGAUGAGUUCUGGAGAAGGGCUGCCUUCCAGAUCAUCUCAGGUUUCGGCUGUUAAAAUAACAGCCAAAGAACUGGAAACAAAGCAGUCCCAUAAAGAGAAGCGAGGGGGCUUUGUGUUGGUGCAUGCAGGUGCAGGUUAUCAUUCUGAAUCCAAAGCCAAGGAAUAUAAACUUGUAUGUAAACGAGCUUGUCAGAAGGCAAUUGAAAAGCUACAGUCUGGCGCUCUUGCGACAGAUGCAGUGACUGCAGCUCUGGUGGAACUUGAGGUGUACACACACAGUUACACUUCAUGGAGUUGCAUCCAGCCAAGUAUCCAUGUUCUUCUUGUGAAGAGGCAGAGAAAAUCACCUCUCCCAAGAAUUUCCACCUUCUGACCAAGGGAAAUGUAUCCUGAAGAGCUGUACGCAGAUGGAGGCAACUUGUUUGCUUGUUCUGCUUCUAGAGCAUUCAUUUAAUUAGAAGACAGGCUGUGGGUGGCCAUGUGCAGACAAAGAAGCACCAGACAGAGCCCAGUUAGCCUGGGACAGUAAAAGAUUCUCCUUUUACAAAUGCAGGAAUGGGAUCUAAUCUAAAUCUCUUGGGUGAAAUUGAGUGUGAUGCCAGCAUAAUGGAUGGAAAAUCCUUAAAUUUUGGAGCUGUUGGAGCACUGAGUGGAAUCAAGAACCCAGUCUCAGUUGCGAACAGACUCUUGUGUGAAGGGCAGAAGGGCAAGCUCUCAGCUGGCCGAAUUCCUCCCUGCUUUUUAGUUGGAGAAGGAGCCUACAGAUGGGCAGUAGACCAUGGAAUACCCUCUUGUCCUCCUAACAUCAUGACCACAAGAUUCAGUUUAGCUGCAUUUAAAAGAAACAAGCGGAAACUAGAGCUGGCAGAAAGGGUGGAAACAGAUUUCAUUCAACUAAAGAAAAGAAGACAAUCAAGUGAAAAGGAGAACGACUCAGGCACUUUGGACACGGUGGGAGCUGUGGUUGUGGACCAUGAAGGGAAUGUUGCUGCUGCUGUCUCCAGUGGAGGCUUGGCUUUGAAACAUCCAGGGAGAGUUGGGCAGGCUGCUCUUUAUGGAUGUGGCUGCUGGGCUGAAAAUACUGGAACUCAUAAUCCCUACUCCACAGCUGUGAGUACCUCAGGAUGUGGGGAGCAUCUUGUACGCACCAUACUCGCUAGAGAAUGUUCACAUGCUUUACAAGCUGAAGAUGCUCACCAAGCGCUAUUGGAGACUAUGCAAAACAAGUUUAUCAGUUCACCUUUCCUGGCCAGUGAAGAUGGUGUGCUUGGAGGAGUGAUUGUUCUCCGGUCUUGCAGAUGUUCUGCAGAGCCUGGCUCCUCCCAAAAUAAGCAGACACUUCUAGUGGAAUUUCUGUGGAGCCACACGACAGAGAGCAUGUGUGUUGGAUAUAUGUCAGCCCAGGACGGGAAAGCCAAGACUCACAUUUCCAGACUCCCUCCCGGUGCGGUGGCAGGACAGUCCGUGGCAAUCGAAGGUGGGGUUUGCCGCUUGGAGAGCCCAGUGAACUGAACCUUCAGAAUGAGCACGAAGCACCUGAGAGGCAUUUCAGAACCUGAACUUUCUGGUGUUUUUAAUUGAAGUUAGAUGUUUUAUUGUCUUCAUUUUAUAAUUCCUAUUGCAACCUUGUGCACCACUGGUGACACUAGUGAUGCUAUAUAGUUAGUGCUUAGUGACACUCGGGCCUUUGUGGGUGAGUGAGACUGAAUGAGUGUGUGUGCGCACAUGCUUGCUUCUCCCUUGAUGAAACAGAAACUUCUCCUUAUUGUAUAACUUAAGACCAGGAAUGAUUAAAUCAUAUUUACAAAAUGUGUGCUUUAACUGUUUACAAGUCAAACCUAAAGUUGCAGGAAACAUUUUUUAUUUCAUAAAGAGGUACCAACUGUCGUUAAUGUAAUGUGUCUGAAUUGAAGAGUAAAUUAACUUGUUUAAGUGAUUUGACAGUGGUAGUGCUCCAUUUAAUAACAGUAAUGAGUAAUAAAGUGUUUUUGUUUGUUAACCAGUUUAAGUGGAUACUGUGUAACUUAAACUGUUAUUCUCAUCCCUUAUAUGGGGCUUUUUUUUUUUUUAACAGAGAAUGGUUUCAGUGAAACAAUCUAGCAGAGAAUUAAGGUCAGAACCUUUUUAAAAAAUAGUCUUAUUGAUAAAGUUUGUACUUCUUAAGCCUUUCUAAGCUUAAAUAUUGCAUAGCUUCGAGCUGUAUGUACUAUAUUAUGAAAGAAUAUGUAAAGAGAACAUACAGUAAUGCACAGUCCCUAAUUUGUGUAUAAUAGAAUGUUAUUUACAAUGUAACACUGUAAAUAAGAAAGCAAAAUUUAUUGGAAAAUUCAAUAUUUGUUUCUUGUUUAAAUAUAUUUUUAAGGUAAAAGCACGAAAAUAAAAGAAUCAUAUUACUGGG